UGGUACAGCAGGAGGUUUAGUCAGUACAAUACCGCCCCCCUGUGGUGUAGAGGUGUCAUGUGAGGAGGUAACAGGAAGAAACAGUCCAGAUUUUUGUUGUUAUGACUCAGUGGGUAGGUGUGAUUGUGUUGUUUGCUGUAUUGCAAGUUAAGACAGGACUUUGGUUUUACUUUCAAUUUCCAAGGUGAAGCUGACGCUGCGUCCAACUCUCUCCACACAGCAUCGGCUCCUCUGUGCAGUUUGGAGCAGCUGCUGUUUCUUUAAAGGAAAACAUUGAUCUGUACUGGAUCAGGAUUCACAGACUUUGCUCCACCUGAGUUCUUUUCAUGGGGGAGAAUCUCCCGAGGUCGCCAGGAGGACCUUGUCUGAGGAGACCUGUGCAAACCCUCAGGGCUAAGAUGGUUCUUCUGGGGAGCUCUGGAGUGGGCAAGUCAUGUUUGGCUCUGCGGUUUGGGAAGGAUGAGUUCAGGAGCACAUCGCCUACUGUUGGCUGUGCCUACCUGACCCGAAUGGUGCAUUUGAGUGACGUCAAUCUUCGCUUCGAGAUAUGGGACACGGCAGGACAAGAGAAAUACCACAGCGUCACCCCUCUCUACUACAGAGGAGCCCACGCUGCCAUCCUGGUCUAUGAUAUCAGCAAGAGGGAAACAUUUCUCAGAGCUCAGGUGUGGCUCAGAGAGCUGGAGAAGCAGCUCGGCCCAGGAUCUAGUGUCCUGUGGCUGGUGGGCAACAAGGGGGAUCUGGCUGAGGAGAGGCAAGUCUCAGUGCAGGAAGGACAGGGGCUGGCCAGAGACAGGGGGUUGUACUUUUCAGAGACAUCUGCAAUGUCGGGGUUCCAGGUCAGCGAGUUGUUAGCAGCUAUAGCCCUCAGGGUGUACGAGUGUUUGGGAGCCCAGGCGGAGGGUCUGUCCGAGUGGAGGGAGACACCGGUGGUGAAUCUGCAUCGCAGGGACACGUUCUCUUCUUCUGCUGCUUCCUGCUGCCGAGUUGGGCCCUAGAAGAGAAGAGGAGAAAAGAGGAGAGAGAGACGGAGGUAUCUGCUACUUCUAUUUGAGUAAAGGACGUGUGUACUUAUAACACCUCUGCCUCUGACAUGUACCAGGAGGAGAGGAGGAGGCACAGGGGGCGUUGUGCGUUCUUUAGGAUCCGCCUGCAGGAGGCUUUAACACCCCCCCCCCCCCCGAGUUCUCCCGAUUCCUUUAGUCAUCAACAUUCAUGAAUAAUACAAAUAUAGUCCCUGUGCAUCCAUAACAUUGGGAUUAAGAGAAUUCCUGACUGUUUGUGAGACAGUAUUUCUGUCUGCAUUUGGCUGGAACAACGCUCUUAUAUAAACCGACUUCUCUCCCCUGCAGUCGGGCUCUUUCUAAAUGUUUGGUUGUGUUAUGUCCAGACACACACAACAAGUGAUCCUAUAAGUGUGAACUGUGUAUUCCUGAUUUCAAGCAUCACUCAGAAGAGGCUUUGUUGAGCUGAUUGAAACCAAGCUUGUGCAGAGCCAGAGGAACUGAGGCUCUUGGUUUUAGUUAAAGAAAGAAAGACACCAGACCUCCUGCUGAGAAGAUGACUUGAAGUAAAUAAAACUAUAAAACAGGAAUCAUUUGGUUUUCAUU